AUGAGUGCUACGGAUCAUUCCAUCACUCAGCAAGAGAGACUGGCCAGCAGAGGCAUCAUUGAAAUGCCCAGUGGCAGGUUAAGAUUGCCUCCCGUUAUUAUCCAGUAUGCUGAUGGAACCACGCAGAAUCUCUUUCUAGAAGUUGGACAUCAGAACGGUGAACUGGCGGCUUAUUCCACCACCUUGUUAACUGACUUUUUACUUAGUCGCGGACAAAGAGCUUCUAUGAAUGGAUUUCCUGGUGUGAACGGCGCCAACGGUGUGAAUGGUGCCAGUCAAACUGGUGCAACGAGUUCAGGUACUGCUUCUGGUUCCAGUUUUACUUCUGUGGCUCCCAUCCCUAUUACAGCUACUACGCCUGUGCAUUCUAACCCUACAUCUACAUCUCAUCCUCGUGGGAUCAGAGGUAUUGAUUAUCCGGCGUUUGAUGUCUCCAGAGAAGGCAUUUAUGGGGAGGAAAGAAGAAAUCGAUCUGACUUCAUGAACGAGAUUAUGGGACCCAUUCAAAGGGCAUUAGAGUCAGCAGAUUCCGCCAAUACAGCCAACAAUGCCACCGCUACAGGCAACGAUGACCACUCGGAAACCUCCAGAAACAUUAUCCUCACAGUCAACUAUAUCUACGGCCAGUCUCCAAAUGCUGCUCCUAUUACUACCACUAAUAAUGGAAAUGCGGCCAACAACUCCGACGGGAUCACUGGCUCUCUUAUCUUGCAUGUGCCAAGUAUCAAUGAAAAUGACGAAGAGAAUCUUCAGGUCCUCGUACGCUUGGCUACUAUCAUUGCACUCAGAACAAUUUCUUCAUCCAUAAAGAAGGCUUCGGGUGUUCCGGACCAAGUUUUUGAAGAUUUCAAGCUUCCGCAGCUUUCAUGUAUAGAGAAAUCCGACAGGCAGUGCCCUAUUUGCUACGAGGAAUAUCAAAGCUCCCAGGAGGAAGAUAAGUUGAAUGACAAUGGUAAGAGACCUAUGUUGACAGAGAAUUCUCCUUCCAAGAAGAGGCAGAAAACGGUGACCGGUGUCAAGCAUACAAAAUCUACCGGUACGGAACCUGAUGCUGAGAGCAAGGAAAAGAGGCAAAAGUAUUCUCACGUUCCCGUGGAAAUGCCUUGCGGUCACUUGUUCGGAAGAACAUGCCUAUACGAGUGGCUAAAAACCAAUAAUAGUUGUCCACUCUGUAGAGAUAAGAUCAGGCAUACUAAGGGCAGUGAAUCUGGGUAUGCUACUACUGUGGUUUUGCCUAAUCUUGCUCAAGUGGUAAGUGAUAGCAGGGAGGUGAUUGAUGGAUUUAACUCGAGACAUCUGGCGUUUCUGCUUCCUGAUUCGAAUGGUAACAUUUCCGAGCCGAAUGGAUCUCCUGAUCAAGAAACGGCUCUGCCUGUAACCCUUCCAUUUAGGUUUCCUACAAUAGUGGCAUUACAUCCGGAGGCAAACGGAAGGGGCAUUUCGGCUGUUGCUGGUACUGCCGGUGCCCUUGGGGCUACUGGCGGUGUAAGCAUUACAGAUCCUGCAGUCAGACCCAAUCAAAGCGUCAUGGGGAUUGUCAGAAACUUGAUACAGAAUAUCAAUGAACGUCUACAUCAUCCAAUUAGAUUGAGUAAUGAUGCAGGUACCACGGCAGCCAUAAGCAAUGGCUUUUUGGAUCACAUGCCCAUAGUAAGAACAAUUAGACGCAAUCCACGUACUUUUCAAGCCCGCAGAAGUUCUUCUCAGUUACGUAGAAGGUUAGAUAGAAGCAGAGCUGCAGCUCAGUCUACUAGUGCUGCUCAUGAAUCUCUGUUUCCAAUGGGGGUAAUGAGUCGAAGAGUCGAGCACGGAGUCAUUACGUCCUCCAUCAAUAGCCGUUCGGCAGAGGAAAAUGACGAACAAGAGUCCGAAAACGGACCUCAGCAAGAUACCCUGAACCAAGAUGAUACCCAGUCGGCGGAACCACAUUCUCACUCUCAUACUGAUUAA